AUGCCAAGAACUAGUUCCAAUAUGAAGUUUCCUGUUGCUUUCCUCUUUUCUAGUCUUGUGACAUUUGUGAUUACCCGAACCAUCUCUGCUUCCAAUGAGACGGAUUACGAGGCGUUGUUGGGGUUCAAGUCGAUGAUCAGCAAUGAAGAAGCUCUAAGCUCAUGGAACGCUUCCUUUCAUUUCUGUAAUUGGAGUGGUGUUUCAUGUGGGAAACGCCACAGAAGAGUGACUGCUUUAGUACUGGAGUCGCAAGGCCUACAAGGCUGGUUGUCUCCUCAUGUAGGCAACCUCAGCUUCCUUGGUGUGUUUUCUCUCAAGAACAACAGCAUUAUAGGAAGGAUUCCUCAUGAACUUGGUCGUCUAUCCAGGCUACGUCGCCUCAAUCUUGGCUCUAACGGGUUCAACGGAGUCAUCCCAACUAACUUGUCUAGUUGUUCUAACAUUGAAUUGCUUGCACUUUAUGAUAACAAGCUAGUUGGAAGCAUACCCAAAGACUUCAGUUUCCUCUCCAAACUUACUUAUCUUCAUAUUGAUACUAAUAACUUAACAGGUGGAAUCCCGGCUGCCUUGGGGAAUAUAACAUCAAUGGAAUCCUUCUCUGCUGCCAACAAUCCGUUUGGUGGAAGCAUUCCAGACACCUUAGGUCGUUGGAAAAGCUUAAGAAUAUUUUACUGUGGUAAUUGUAGCUUAUCUGGAACCAUCCCUCAUUCCAUUUAUAACCUCUCACUCCUAACUAAUAUUUCCUUGGCUGUGAAUCAGCUUACUGGUAGCCUUCCAUCAGCCUUAGGUGUAAUGCUCCCUCAUCUUCUAUUACUUCAAUUACGGGAUAACCAACUCACUGGUUCUCUUCCAUCCUCGAUAUCUAAUUGUUCGAAUUUAAGACGUCUUGAAGUGAGUGACAACAGUUUUAGUGGGAAGUUGACAAUCAACUUUGCAACACUAAAAGAUAUCAAUUUUAUAAACCUCGGUAAUAACAUGUAUAGAUUCCAUGAAGGGGAUGAUAUGAAGUUUAUUGAUACUUUGCAAAACUGCAGCAAAUUAGACAAGUUGGAUCUUAGUUAUUGCAACUUUCAGGGACAUCUGCCCGAAUCAAUUGGUAAUCUUUCUCAUCAACUCAGAUUCCUAAAUUUACGGGGAAAUCAUUUAUAUGGAAACCUCCCUUCAAGUAUAGGUAAUCUAGGAGGCUUGACCAUUUUAGCUUUAGACUAUAACCGAUUCACGGGAAAAAUCCCCUCCACCAUUGGUAAACUUAGAAAACUACAAAUUGGUGAUCUGUCUGACAACCAAUUUUCAGGGCCAAUUCCGGAUGCCAUUGGGAACUUAUCCUUGUUAAUUACACUUGAUUUAAGUACCAAUGGAUUGGAAUGGCUUGUUCCAUCAAGCCUAGGAAAUUGUCAUCAACUAUCAGAGUUGUACCUUGAUGAAAACAAACUCAGCGGCAACAUACCUAAACAACUUCUUCAACUUUCAUCUCUAAACAUAGCAUUAGGGCUUUCUCAAAAUAACAUGUCUGGGUCGCUUCCAAAAGAGGUUGGUGACCUCAAGAUGUUGACUUCUCUGGAUAUAUCUGAUAAUAGAUUUUCAGGUAACAUUCCUAGUAGCAUUGGUGGUUGCACUAGCCUUUUACUCUUAUCCCUCAAAGGUAACUUGUUCCAGGGGACUGUACCACCAUCAUUAGGUUUCUUGAGAGGUAUUUCAACACUCGAUCUUUCUAAUAAUAACUUAUCAGGCCAAAUUCCUCCAUUCUUGGAACGGUUGAAAGUAGUAGAAUACGUAAACUUAUCAUUUAAUGAUUUUGAGGGUGAAGUCCCAGGGAUAGGAGUGUUUGCUAAUGCAAGUGCAUUCUCUGUUUUGGGGAAUAGUAGGCUUUGUGGUGGCUUGGCUGAGCUUGGGUUGCUCAAAUGCAAGGAGAAAAAGAAACAUAACAAAAGGUUUCCUUUGUUCCUAGUAAUCAUUUUGAUUGCAUCCCCACUUUUCAUGGUAUUAUGUUUUGUGUAUGUUUGGUGCAAGAAAAAGAAGGGCCAACCGUCUCAAUCAUCAACGGACGAACGAUUCAUCAAAGUAUCAUACAAUCAACUUCUCAAGGCUACCAACAACUUCUCUGAAGCCAAUUUGAUUGGCAAGGGUGGCUUCAGCUCUGUAUACAAAGGAAUCCUUGAUCAUGAGGAUACUCUUGUCGCAGUCAAAGUUAUACAUCUUCAAAACCCAGGUGCUCACAAAAGUUUUAUAUCAGAAUGUGAAGCAUGGAAGAGUAUUCGACAUCGAAAUUUAUUGAAGAUAAUAACGUCAUGUUCAAGUGUUGACUUUCAAGGAAAUGACUUCAAAGCUCUCGUAUACGAGUUCAUGCCUAAUGGUAGUUUACAUGAUUGGCUGCAUUUACAUGCAAGCACAUCAAGACUGAACCUUCUUCAAAGAAUAAGUAUUCUUAUAGAUGUUGCAUCUGCACUUGAUUAUCUUCACAAUCACUGUCUACCAGCCAUUGUUCACUGUGACUUGAAGCCUAGCAACAUUCUACUCGAUGAUGACAUGGUGGCCCAUGUUGGAGACUUUGGUUUAGCUCGAUUUCUUGGAACAGAUACAAACCAAAACAGCACAAGUGGGAUCAGAGGAACAAUUGGGUAUGCAGCUCCAGAGUAUGGUGGUGGGAGUGAGAUGGCGAGUAGUGGGGAUGUCUACAGUUUUGGAAUACUAUUGUUGGAGGUGAUAACAGGGAAAAGGCCCACAGACAACAUCUUUACCGAAGGUCUUAACCUUCAUAAGUUUGAUUUCAUGGCCUUACUGGACCAUGUCACCGAUGUUGUUGCUGAUGACCUCGUACAUUUUCUUCAAGAAAAUGCUAUUGCUACACAAUGUACAUUAGAAAAUGCAAAGAAAACAGAGGAAUGUCUAUCUUCAAUUGUCAAGAUUGGAGUAUCGUGCUCUGUGGAUUCCCCACAACAACGAAUGAAUAUUGAAAAUGCUCUGCAUGAGUUGCGGCAUAUUCUGGAUACCCUUCAAAAUAUCUGA